UUUUAGCUGUAGGACACCGCGCAAAGUGAGUUUUGGUGGAAGACACUCUAAAAAGUUUGAUAUUUGCUGGUGGACACCGUACCGAUUAAAAUAAUAAUUUUUGAUUGGAGAUGAGAGAGAAAUUGCGUGAAACGUCAAAAAUACCCCUGGACCCACAUGUCAGCUCUCCCAUCUCUCUUCUCUAUCCCCUCCUUCUGGCUAGGCCGGGACAUGACGUUGUUCCAGUCCCAGAUCUGGGGCUCGGAGGCCAUCGGCGAGGAGUACCCCGACCCCGAGGGGUGCGCCAUGGGCACCGGGCUGUGGAUGUACGCGUGCCCCUGCACCACCGGCAUGGACGACCCGCGGAUGAACCCCAUGGUGCCCGGCGCGCCGGCGCUGGGGCAGAUGGCGUGCGACAGGGUCAUGGUGUGCGCCGCGGUGGGGGACUUCCUCAGGUGGCGCGCCCACGCGUACGCCGCCGCAGUGGCCGCGGCAAAGGGCGACGCGUCGGUGGAGGUGCUGGAGACGGCCGGGGAGGGCCACGUCUUCCACCUGUUCGACCCCGACGGCGGCAAGGCCAAGGAGUUGCUCAACAGGAUGGUCGCCUUCGUUAACGCCGCCGGCGCGUGAUCUCCGAGUUCGUGGCCACGCGCCAUUGUUUGCUGUUGGGUGUGCGAAAAAUUUUCCUACUUUGAUUUGAUGAACUCUGCCAAGUUGUGAUUGAAUAAAGGAGACAAUGAGUGAUUUUUAUGGUUGCUGACACAGUAUGUGUUAAUGGAAUGCACGAAUUUCCAACAUCUUCAUAUGAGAAAAUUUUGAGCUGCAAGCCUGCAAGCAUUAGAAAUCUUUGGAGGAGAAUGAGAGUGACAGGGCGCAUUCACGAUGGAGAUGAUGAUGCGGUUGUUGGAGGAGAAUGAGAGUGACAUGGCGCAGCCACAGGUCGGCGACGCCACCGGCUCUGGCACG